CUGACCUUUCACCAAGUGCCCUGACCCCUGGCUUGCAAAUGGCUGCGAAAAUGAAUCCUGACCUGAAAAAGGAGAGAGAUGGAGCCAGUUUUGACCCCGAGAAGAUCGUUAACUUCUUGUACGGCGGUCCUGACAGAGUUAGAAGGAGGAGAGAAGUCGUGUCCCUUGCCCUGGAUGACCCUGACUUCCAACAUGAAGACUUGAACUUCAUGUCGAGAGAACAGCAGUAUGAGACCCAGCUGAAGAAGAGCAUCCUGGUAGUUCAGAAACAGAAGGAACUUGGGCUUGUUUCACCGGAGGAUAUGGGCAACUACAACUACAAUGGAGUGUUUAAAAGCAUGUCAGGACCAUUCGGACUUCACACCAGCAUGUUCCUGCCCACACUGCGAGGACAGGCGACGGCCGAACAGAAAGCGAAGUGGCUCAAGAUGGCGGAGAACUACGCUAUCAUCGGAACAUACGCACAGACUGAGAUGGGGCAUGGAACCUUCCUCAGAGGCCUGGAGACAACAUCAACCUAUGACCCCCAGACCCAGGAGUUUGUCCUCAACACCCCCACCCCCACAGGAACCAAGUGGUGGCCAGGAUGCUUGGGAAAGACGUCCAACUACUGUGUCCUGAUGGCUCAGCUGUACAUCCACGGCAAGUCUUACGGCCCCCAUCCCUUCAUGGUGCAGAUCCGCAAUCUCCAAGACCACAAACCUCUGCCUGGAGUGACUGUAGGUGACAUCGGCCCCAAGUUUGGGUAUGCUGGGAACGAUAACGGGUUUCUACGCUUCGACAACGUCAGGAUCCCGCGAGACAACAUGCUCAUGAAAUACUCAAGGGUAAUGAACUACACGAUACAGGUAGCAGGUCAACCAGAGCCCCAGGUGUUGGACUAUGUGACCCAGCAGUACAAGUUGUUCCCCUACCUGGCUGCUGCCUACGCCUUCAUGCUGGCUGCUCGCUCCAUGAUUUUUGUGUACUUCAGAUCCAUGGAGAAGAUCGGGCGUGGCGACAUCACAGUUCUGCCAGAGCUCCACGCCCUGUCAUCGGGCCUGAAGUCUCUGUCGUCCUGGGUGAUGAAUGCUGGGAUUGAGGAGUGUCGCAUGGCGUGCGGCGGCCACGGUUACUCGCACGCCAGCGGGAUCCCCAGCAUCUACAUGGAGCACACACCGGCCGCUACGUACGAGGGAGAGAACACUGUACUUAUGCUGCAGACUGCAAGGUACCUGAUGAAGAGUUAUAACCAGUCCCUGCAGGGUGAGAAGCUGGCUGGUUCGGUGGCGUACCUGUCCGGUGUACAGCCGGUUCCUGCAGCCGGUAGAACCAGGAAUGUUCUGGACCUGAAUGUCCUGAUUCAGGCCUUCCAGCACAGGGCAGCCAGGCUGGUUCACGAGGCCGCCUUGCAGCUCAAGAAGGAAAGGCAGACAGGGAAAGACCAGCCAGAUGCCUGGAAUGCCGCAGCUGUGGAUCUGGUCAAGGCUGCCAAGGCUCACAGCCAGUACUUUGUGGUGAAGAACUUUGCUGACCGUUUGACUGACCCUGCUCUGGACAGCGCUGCACGUGCUGUCCUGACCAGGCUGUGUCAGCUGUACGCUCUACACGACAUCGUGAACAGCUCUGGCGACUUUCUGGAGGAUGGCUACUUGACCGGCGCAGACAUCCGCCAAGCCAGACGUCACAUCAACGCCCUCAUGGCCAAGCUCCGUCCUGACGCCGUGGCUCUUGUCGACGCCUUCGACUUCCCAGACGGGAUCCUGAACUCCAUACUGGGGCGCUACGAUGGGAACGUCUACCAACAUCUGUUGGAGUGGGCCAAGGCUUCUCCUCUCAACAAAACAGAUGUCCACGAGUCUUACUACAAGUACCUGAAACCCUUCCUAGAGGCCAAUAGGGCAAAACUGUGAGAUCCGUCUUCACUGACUAGAGAAACAUAUGACCAAGUGCAAGAUCUUACAAGUGUCCUCAAGUCUAUAGAGAAAGAACAAUAUUUUGUUCUAUUGUAAUCUUGUUUUGCUGUGGUAUUCAUGAGAAAGUUAUCAAUUGUUGCAAAACAUGUCUGAUGAUACAAUAUUUGCAGAUUUUAUACCACAGUAGAUAUUUUGACUAUAUGAAAUUCCAUAUGUGUGAAUAAAAACUAUUUAAUUCUAUAUUCAUAUUAUAUAUUUCCUAAUGACAAUAUUAUAUCCAGUGUUGCAAAAUAUUUUGUGCAGAAAUUUGACAAGAAUUUUGACAACUUUGUUAAGAUGUUUUACAUCAUGGUCACUGUAAUAAGAUUAUUAUUAUGAACAGGUUAGUGUAAAGAUUAUGGCACCUAAAGUAUUAAUAGGUCUUAGUGUCUCUUGUCACGAAUAAUAGAUGCUAUAUUAUCUUACUCAUAAUGUCUGAUAUUGAAAGAAUAACAAAUUUUGCAAUCACAACGCACAAUCAAUUUUAAACCGAUAAACCAACUUAAGAGUUAGAUACUGUAAAUGCAUUUAAUUUUGUGAGGAUUUAAUUUCGCGGAAGCGGGAAAAGGGACUUUUCGCGGUGGAUUUAAGUUCGUGGUAACACCAUAGACUGCAGUCUAAUACCAGUACAGAAAAAUGUUUCUAUAAUUCCGCAGUAAAGUGGUCACCGCGAAAACCGCGAACAUUAAUCCACCGCGAACAUUUCUGCAUUUACAGUAUUAGCCUUCUUUGCAUACUUCUAGGAGCUCGAGUGCCAGUGUUUUUAGCAUUAUGAUUAGUUACUAGACCCUGGCCCAUGUUCAAGAUUGCAAAUGAUCUCACCAAAAUAUAAACACUAGCACUGUUGCACCUAGAAGUCUGCAAAGGAGGCUGAAGAUCUGAUGAUAAUAGACAGAUCCCUACUAGGGAAUAGCACCGGUAUGGAAAAUUCAGGUCAGUCCAGUUCAGGUCCAGUGGACCAGGUCCUGGUCUCAACCUGGACCUAAUUGUGAAAACUUGUGAAUGGUCGAUAUUCAGCACAACGGUCAAAUUUUCUAGAUAGGAAUCUAUUUGGUGGAGUAUCUGACUUCCACUGGCUUUUUAACAUCCUGUCUUCAUGUAUACACUGUAAAUUAGCUCCUAAGGUAGAUGUGGUCACUAGUAUAAGUUUGAUUGUAUCAUGUUGAUAAUGUAAUUGUCUUGAUAACUGCCCAAGACUGAUUGGUUUAUGCAUACAUUGUACAAUCUGUUAAUUAUUCUACUCAGGUGAUUGUUAAGAUUAGUUCAUGAAACUAUAUUCACUUUUUAAUCCAUGAACAUUUCAUUGUUUUACUAACACCUAUAGGAAAGCA